AUAUACAAUCUUCUUCUCAUCCUUCCAUUACUCUUUUCUCACUAUUCACAAACGUCUACAUUUAUUCCAUCUUUAUUACAAACCCAAACCAAACCAAAUUCACUACAAAAAAAAUUUCAAUUCAUCUUUAAUUUUUCCUUUCUCUUGUUAAAAAAAAUGACAAGAAUAAACAAUAGUAUGGGAGCCAUCUUGCUACAGAAAGAAAGCUUUCGAAGAGCAAAAUUUGGUACCCUUUUGUACUCCGAUCCAAUCAGUGACCAUGAAAAUAGCAGUAACAAUUCAGCCCGGAGCAGCAAUGCUUCUUCUGCACCCAGUCCACCUAGAACGUCGUCGUUUUACGGCACAAAUACUUCUACUAACAAUUCCCCAAAUUACUUCAUGUCUCCAUGGAACCAAUCUGCUUCGCCUUAUGUAAAAUCCCCAUGGAUUCAUCAGCCAUUACUCGAUUCCUCCGAAGAAUCAGAAUCCAGCGAUUGCAAAAAUGGCCUAAUCGGAUCUCUAGUUCGAGAAGAAGGGCAUAUAUAUUCAUUAGCUUCAUCUGGAGAUUUGCUGUAUACCGGAUCAGAUAGCAAAAAUAUUCGAGUUUGGAAGAACUUGAAGGAAUAUUCCGGGUUUAAAUGUCACAGUGGAUUAGUAAAAGCUAUUGUUGUUUAUGGAGAUAAAAUAUUCACCGGUCAUCAAGAUGGUAAAAUUCGGGUAUGGAAAUUUUUAGGCAAAAAAAGAAAAGCGUAUAAACGUGUUGGUAGUUUACCUACCGUUAGAGAUUAUUUAAAGAGUUCAAUUAAUCCUAAAGCGUAUGUUGAAGUUAGACGAAAUCGGAAUGUUCCUUGGAUUAAGCAUUUUGAUGCUGUUUCUUGUAUGAGCUUGGAUAAAGAGAGAGGAUUGCUUUAUUCUGGAUCUUGGGAUAAAACACUGAAAGUUUGGAGAUUGUCUGAUUCGAAAUGCCUCGAAUCUAUCAAUGCUCAUCAAGAUGCAAUUAAUUCAGUAGUUGUUGGAUUCGACGGGUUGAUUUUCACUGGCUCAGCAGAUGGAACGGUUAAAGCCUGGAGAAGAGAAUUAGUUGGGAAUAGCGCAAAGCAUGUUCUUGUGGAAACACUGUUGAAACAGGACAAUGCUGUAACAUCACUGGCUGUAAACACUGCAGCAGCAACGCUAUAUGCCGGAUCCUCUGAUGGACUAGUGAAUUUCUGGGAGCGACAGAAGCAUUUCUUAGAGUACGGAGGUGCGCUGAGAGGUCAUAAAUUAGCAGUACUGUGCGUGGCCGUUGCGGGUAACCUGGUAUUGAGUGGAUCGGCUGACAAAUCCAUAUGCGUGUGGAGAAGGGAAGAAGGUGGUAUCCAUAGUUGUUUAACGGUGUUCACCGAACACAUCGGUCCCGUUAAAUGCUUGACCGUCGAAGAAGAUUCAAAUGGCAGCGACAACGACAGCGAAGAUGAAGCUCCUGUGGAGAAGAAAAGUGACACAUAUUGGAGAGUGUACAGUGGGAGUUUGGACAAUUCCGUGAAGGUCUGGAGAUUAUCGGAGAAUAGCUUUAGUGGCUGCGAGGAAAUAUAGAAGAAAAAAAAAAGAAAAAGAAGAUGAAAUUUCAAGGAAUAAGUUUAGAAGGCACGUGGAUGAAGUGAUGGGAACGCGCUGCCGAGUAGGAGGCUGAGAAGCGGCUGUGAAUUGCCGUGUGGGGUUGAGUUAUUUGUCACGACACAUAAAGACAGUUUUCCUCUUCACACAUGCACAAUUAUGAAGAGGAAACUGGCCGUUAAAAAACUGGUCAGAGGACGGUUCUGUUGGUAGAGGACCAUUGAGCAGAACCUUCAUUACGAAGGAACGUUAAUAUAGAAGCAGUGACGAACUAACAUUAUUCUAUAUACAUUCAUUGUUAUCCUUUUCUCCUUUCCACCAUUUUGGUUGUAAGUUUGAUUGAUGAUUCCCUUGUAUAAGUUGUAAAUUCUAAAGUAAAAAAGUGUUUGAAAGUUCUGCAA